AUGGGUAUCCGAGAGUUUCCCAGCGGCGGCGCAUCUAGGGGCAAGACCAUCGCCAUUGGCAUGAGAAGGUCGCCAGACGUCAGCCCCCGGAGGCUCUCAGACAUCAGCCCCCAGCUCCGGCAGCUCAAGUACUUGGUGGUGGACGAGGCCAUCAAGGAGGACUUGAAAUGGUCGCGCUCGGUGGAGGACCUCACGAGCGGGCCAGUGGGGCUCACUUCUAUCGAAGAGCGGAUCCUUCGCAUCACUGGCUACUAUGGCUACCAGCCCUGGGCAGCGAGCUACAAAAGGGAGGAGCGGCCCCGGGACUCCCCGGCCCCAGCGACGGCCGCGGCAGGUGCGGAGACCCAGGCGGCAGCCGGGGCAGAGGCCGGUGGGAGGACGGGCCACCUCUGCUGGCGAUGCUCCCGCGCGCAGCUCAAGAAGGCCUUCUGGGGCCUGGCCGUGGUGCUGUACGUGUGCUCCUCCUGGGCCGGCUCCACGCAGCUCGCCAAGUUCACCUUCAAGACGUUCGACGCGCCCUUCACCCUCACGUGGUUUGCCACCAACUGGAACUUUCUGGUUUUCCCACUGUACUACGUGGGGCACGUCUGCAAGUCAGCGGAGAAGCAGUCUAUGAAGCAGAGAUACAGGGAAUGCUGUCGGUUUUUUGGAGACAAUGGCUUGACUUUGAAGGUGUUUUUUACCAAGGCAGCUCCCUUUGGUGUUCUUUGGACACUCACAAACUACCUAUACUUACAUGCAAUAAAGAAAAUAAACACUACCGAUGUCUCCGUCUUGUUCUGCUGCAACAAAGCUUUUGUGUUCUUGCUCUCAUGGAUCGUUCUCAGGGACAGGUUCAUGGGAGUGAGGAUUGUGGCUGCCAUCCUUGCCAUUGCUGGAAUUGUCAUGAUGACCUACGCAGAUGGCUUCCACAGCCACUCGGUCAUUGGCAUAGCGCUGGUGGUGGGCUCAGCGUCCAUGUCCGCCCUCUAUAAGGUGUUGUUCAAACUUCUCCUGGGCAGCGCUAAGUUUGGAGAAGCGGCCUUAUUCCUGUCCAUCUUGGGUGUGUUUAACAUCCUCUUCAUCACCUGUAUUCCUGUGAUUCUCUACUUCACCAAAGUGGAAUACUGGAGCCCCUUCGAUGCCAUUCCAUGGGGAAACCUUUGUGGAUUUUCAGUUCUCUUAUUGACAUUCAAUAUUGUACUAAAUUUUGGAAUUGCUGUUACGUAUCCUACUCUGAUGUCUCUGGGAAUAGUCCUCAGUGUACCUGUGAAUGCAGUGGUUGAUCACUACACGAGUAAGAUAGUCUUCAACGGAGUUCGAGUCAUCGCCAUCAUCAUCAUCGGCCUGGGCUUCCUCCUCCUUCUGUUGCCGGAGGAGUGGGACGUCUGGUUGAUUAAGCUCCUCACCCGCCUCAAAGUGAGGAAGAAGGAGGAGACGGCUGAAGGCAGUGCAGACCUGGGCUCAGGAUUCCAGAGCAAGAACCGAAGAACUCGCCCUUCCUUUGCCCGCUAA